UAUCACUGCAAUAAUGAAUAAAAUAAUUUUAGUGCAUUAUUUUUAUCCGAACUUGUUCAAACAGCUGGCCUUGUUCUUCGUCUUGGAAAAUCUUACAUAUAACCUCGCACGCCACUGUUUUUAAACAAAAUUACCUGCAUAAAACUUGCCGGCUUUCGUAAAUUGAAAUCAUUUCAGAAGUUUUUGCUGUACGAAUUUGAGUGAAAUAUGAUUUUUGUGUUCGUGUUUGGGCUAAUUGCAUUUUGCGAUGCAAAACCUGGCUACUCUGAUUCUUCCAAUUCAGAAAAUCACCUAGGUCAUGAUUCAAGUAUGAGUAGUGCAGGAACAGGAGCCGGAGGCUACGGUUAUGCUGGAAGUUUUUCCGGAACUGGUGCUAAUGGUUUUCCAAACUUCGGUGCUUUUGUACCGCAGUUUGAUUUUUCUUCGUUUUUUGAUCAGCUCAAUAAACAGCAUCAGGAAUUUAUCCAACAUGCUGGUAAUGGUAAUGGGUUUUCCUAUAGCUAUUCUUCUGCUUAUAAUGGUGGAAAUGCGGGAGGUCAAUCAUCUAUUUUCUUUGAUAACAUCCCUGGUAAUGGAAUUCAAAGAUUAUCCAGCGGACAAGGUCAAGCUGGUGGAGCAGCUAGCUAUGCCCCUAAUUAUCAAGGAUCCUAUCAAUCAAGUGGAGCUGGAGGCUAUUCUGGUGGACAUGGUGUCGAUUUAGGAAAUCGUGGUGGCUUUGUUGGAGGAUAUGGAGGAGGCUUUAGCGGACCUGGUGGUAGUUACUCAUUCGGUGGCCCCAUCGGAGGAGAAGGAAGCGGAGCUGCCUAUGCUAGCGGAUCUAUUGGUCCCAAUGGAGGUCACCAAUCUGCCGCCGUUUAUCCAGAAAAUCCAGGUUCUCCCAAUAUCAACACCCGUUUUGGUGGUGCAGACUCACCACAACAAGGAAAUAAUGGUGGAUUCAAAAGCGUAUUUACUUCCAGUAAAAGUAUCAGUAGCAAUAUUAAUGGAAAGCCUCAAAAUUUCCGCGAAGCUUCCACAACUAUAAAUGAUAAUGGAAAAAUUACUACUUACACAGCUCAUAACCCAUAAGAUGUGGCCAUGUUUUAUUUUAAUAAUUAUUACCCAUUGUGAUUAGGUUUAAGGAUAAUUAAACAUAUUUAUUUUUAGAAUUUAC